UUAGGUAUAUAGGGAGGGCUGACACUUCCACCUGCAGUGACUGCUGGGCCUGCCAGAGGAGAAGCCGAGAGCCGGGAAAACCAGCCCUUCCGGGGCGCUGGGCUCGGGACGGAGGCCGAAGACGCGCCGGGAGGGAAGACCGGCAGCUGGAUCGUCCCCUGGGGCCGUACAACGGCCUGGCCCGCGCGGCUCGGGUGGGCGCUCUCUGUGUGCGCGCUUUGCCCUUGCUCGCCCUCCCCGCUGCGACCCCAGCCUAGAGCAGGAGCAGAGCCCAGGCGCAGUGGCCCGGGGCGAGGAGGGCCCGCCCCGCCGCUCGCCGCCAUGGAGUCAUGGCCGCCUGGCGGCUCUGGGCCCGCGGAGGCCGGGCGUCGCCUGCGCGGCUUGCGCGGCGCCGACUUGGCGGCCUCGGCCUCCUUGCUGAGCGGGGCCGGGGCCGAAGCCGGGUGCAGCGCGCCGGCCGUGGCGGCGGUUUUGCCGGCGGGGGGGAGCGGGGAGAGGAUGGGCGUCCCCACCCCGAAGCAGUUCUGCCCCAUCCUGGAGAGGCCGCUCAUCAGCUACACCCUGCAGGCCCUGGAGAGAGUAUCUUGGAUAAAGGACAUUGUUGUGGCAGUAACUGGAGAGAACAUGGAAGCAAUGAAGUGUAUUAUUCAGAGGUACCAGCAUAAAGGCAUCUCUCUGGUUGAAUCUGGAGUGACCCGCCACAGGUCAAUUUUCAAUGGACUAAAAGCACUGGCAGAGGAUCAGCCCAACUGUAGACUCUCAAAGCCAGAAGUAGUGAUUAUCCAUGAUGCUGUGAGACCAUUUGUGGAGGAAGAUGUCCUCCUUAAAGUUGUCACAGCUGCUAAGGAACAUGGGGCUGCAGGAGCAAUCCGACCUCUUGUAUCUACUGUCAUCAGUCCAUCUGUAGAUGGCUGCUUAGACCACUCACUGGAACGUGCGAGACACAGGGCAAGUGAAAUGCCACAGGCCUUUCUAUUUGACGUGAUCUAUGAAGCAUAUCAGCAGUGUAGUGACUAUGACCUGGAAUUUGGAACUGAGUGUUUGCAUUUGGCUCUAAAAUACUGUCACAUCAAAGCCAAACUUAUAGAAGGAUCUCCUGACCUCUGGAAGGUGACCUACAAACGAGAUCUGUAUGCAGCUGAAUCAAUUAUUAAGGAAAGAAUUUCACAACAAAUUUGUGUAGUUAUGGACACAAAAGAAGAUGAAGAACAUGUAGGUCAUCGUCUUGAAGAAAUGCUAAAAAAUGAAUUAAAUCAUGUAAAAGUCACAUCUGGCAGAGAUCUUCAGCAAAUCAUCUUAGAGCAAUGCUACAAUUUUGUUUGUGUGAAUGUUAUGACCUCUGAUUUUGAAGAAACCCAGAAAUUACUGAAUAUGCUUGAAGAGAGUAAUCUUUCCAUUUUAUAUCCUGUUGUUGUUAUUUCAGUACAAUUUCUUGAUUAUGAAUCAGUACCAUUUGGUCAGAAAAUGGAAAACCUAAUGCAGAUUAGAGAAUUUGCCAAGGAAGUGAAAAAAAGAAAUAUUUUAUUAUAUGGCCUUCUCGUAUAUUACCCACAGGAUGAACAGAAGCUACAGGAAAGUUUAAGGCAAGGUGCCACCAUUAUUGCUGCCUUAAUCAAAGAAAGAAAUUCCGGACUCAUUGGUCAACUACUGGUAGCAUAAAGAACAUGAAGAAAAUUACCUACUGUGUUCUUAGAAACAUUUACCUAAGUAUCUCUUUUGUGCUUCUCUCCGAAUUGUAUAUGGUAGAAUGUUUAAGUUGUAUUUUAUGUCUUUUAUAAUUUGGAGGAUGUGAUGCUUAGGUGAACUUGAAAACUUUUUAUGCAUGUCAAAUAUAAAUUGCUUAAACCGGAAAAGAACAGAUAAGUGGAAAAUAAUAGCCUUCACAUAAAGAAUGUGUGCCUUUUCACAAAGGCAUGAAAGGUAAAAUAGAAAUAAUGAUGAGUCAGCUAAUUCUCCAAGGAAUGAGAAUUUAGGAAAUGUCAACUAUUAUCUCUCUGUUAAUUAGUAAAUCACACCAUAAUGAAACUAAUAAAUAAGAUUAAUGAGUAUUGUUAAUUCUAACAUUAUCCUCUCUCCAUGGGUUAUUUUGAAUUGCAUUCCAAUUUUUCACACCUUAAAAAAAAAAGAGGAGAUAGCAGUGAACUCUGGUUUGAGUAUCUGUACCAUUAGCCUCACAUUACCCUAGAUCUCUAAAGGAGAUGUAAUCUCCUGCUUUUCUAAUGUUUUAAAAUUGUAUGUUUUCCUUGGUUUAUGAAAUACAGUUUUGACUUACAUUAUUUUUAAAGGCUUCUGAUUUUUCUGAAUAACUUUAAAAGAAGACUGGAAAGCUUCAUGAAAGUGACGUUAUUUUGGUCAAUCUUAAGUUAGUCUUCUUCUAAAAGGAAGAGAGUCCAUUGCACAUAAAAUAAUUUUCUUUUGAUAUGGAUAACUGCUGCCUUUUUAAAUCGAGUUCUUAUUCUUUCAAAUUUCCACUGGUAUAUACAUCUUAAAUAUUGAUGAUUUUUCCCUUACCUUAUAUUUUACAGUUUUGUCAAUCCAGUCAUUAGAGAUGCCUUUUAUUCUAUAUAUACACUUCAUAAAAACACAUAGAUCAGAUUAUGCCAGGGCUUAGGCUGCACGUGGGAACUAUAAAAAUUGCAUGAAAUGUUUUCAGUUAAAGAUAGACUAUGAGGGCUUCCCUGGUGGCGCAGCGGUUGAGAGUCUGCCUGCCGAUGCAGGGGACAUGGGUUCGUGCCGCUGUCCGGGAAAAUCCCACAUGCCGCGGAGCGGCUGGGCCCGUCAGCCAUGGCUGCUGAGCCUGCGCGUCCGGAGCCUGUGCUCCACAACGUCCGGAGCCUGUGCUCCACAACGGGAGAGGCCACAACGGUGCGAGGCCCGCGUACGGCAAAAAAAAAAAAAGAUAGACUACAAAA